CUAAUUGGCCAUCUCAGCAGUCUCGAGGGAUGUUUGCACGCUCGGUCACAGCAACGAGUCACUCUUCGCAAAUGUCACUUCCAUACCGACAAACAGUCCACCGACUUGACGAUGCAACUCGACCUGGCCAGACUUCCAUGCGACCGUCCGCCCACUCAGCCGCCAUUUCAGCCUCCCGAUCAGUUGGUCCCGGACUCGUUGUCCAGCCCAACGCUUGGUCUCUACGAGACAAAUGGAGCUCCGGACGUUUUGGCCGAUGUCGAUCUGCAGAAGAUCAGUCGAGACGUCGAGUCUGUCUCGAUACGUCGAGAAGCCUGGCGGUUCGAAAAGUUGGUUGCAGAGUU